GACGCUGCAUCAGUCCGUGCUCAGCCAUCGUCGUCGGUGGAGAACCACAGUUCAGCCCGGUCUCGGCCCGCGCACAUACUCGCCCACACAAGAGACACCAGAGACCAGAGACAAGAGUCCAGAGGAGGAAAAGCAGUGGCAGGCCUUAGAUAAAUGAUCCGCUAAAGAGUUAACCGAGUGACACCGCGAGCUGGAGAACUAGUGCAGCGCCUGGUGGCCUGAAAGUGACGUGAAAACUCUCUGCUCUGCUCCUUCGAUUUCCUCACAUGUGCGUGCCCAAUGCAACCGUUUUCUUCUGUAUCUGUUUUCCGCAAGAACCCAGCCACCGACAGUGAUUAACGCAACCCGGGGGCCCCCGAGUCCGGCCAGCUUCCAGAGGCGUAAUUAGUGAGGAUUGCCAAGUGAAAGGAUAACCAGCAGCAGCAACAGCAACAGCAACAGCAGAAGCAGGAGCGCAGCACCACCAGUGAAAAUGAUUGUCCGACGCCGAUCCCGCCGCGCCCGCAUGUGGAACAUGGGGCUGCUGUUCCUGAUCUACUACUGCGUCAGCAUCUAUUCCGCCAAGGGCGACACAAAGGAGGCCCCUCUGCCCCUGGAUGUGGGAAGCCUGGCCGAGGAUGCCGGUGAUGCGGAGGCCAAUGGCGAAGUGCCUGCAGAGCUUCCUGCGGAGGGUAACACCGAGGGUAGCAGCGUGUUGGAGACCACGCCGUGGCCAGAGGCCACCACGAAAGCCACUCCCAUUCAUGGAGCCGUUCCCACCUGGCGACCCAAGCGCGACAACUGCACACCGCCUGCCAUCGAGCAGUUCCCGCAGCCGCUGAUGAACAAGUGGGCGCGGCGGCACGGUGGCCUCAUCCUGCACAUCCUGGUGGCCGUCUUCACCUUCUUCGGCCUGGCUAUCGUUUGCGACGAGUACUUUGUGGCCAGCCUGGACCGGUUAUGCGAAGAGCUCAAGCUAUCGCCGGAUGUGGCGGGAGCCACUUUCAUGGCUGCCGGAAGCUCGGCUCCGGAGCUGGCCACCGUGGUGAUUGGCGUGUUCUUCGCCAAGGAUGACAUUGGCAUCAGCGGGGUCAUCGGCUCGGCCGUGUUCAACAUCAUGUUCGUGAUCUCCGUCUGCGCUUUGUGCUCGGGCACCGUGUGCCAACUGAACUGGUGGCCCCUGGUGCGUGACUGCUUCUUCUACUGUGUCUCCAUUCUGGUAAUGCUGAUAAUCAUCUUCAACGAUGUCAUAUCCUGUUUUGAGUCAGUGGUUAUGCUGCUGUGCUAUGUGGGAUACUGUGUGGCCCUUCACUUUAACACAGAGCUGGAGCGGUGGGCCCUGGGUCUGAACCUGCCCUUCAAGCUGCCCAGCAAAGAGGAACAGUCGGCGCUGGUGACCUACAAGAAUGUGCCGGAGAGCUCCUACACUCAGGGCGGCGCUGGCCAAGGACAGCAGCAGACGAGCCUGUCCAAGGAUCCCAACGAGGGCCGAGCCGCGGAGCCGCAGAACGAGUACCAGAACUACAGCGACCCCAACGCCAGCUGGGACCCGAACUCCGCCUGGGGGGAAGAGAGCCAACCGAAGCCGGUGGUCAGUGCUAGAUUCAACCCGCCGCCGGUCGACGACUGGGGAACCAGCCAGUUCGGUCAGGAUCAGGGGCAGGAGAACAUGGCCUACAAUGCCGACCAGCCCGAUUCAGUGGUCACCGGAGAGGCGGCGGCAGCGGCAGCAGCUGCCAAGAGCGGUGGUGCCCAGGUGGCGGCACAGGCGGCGCCCGGCGGUGUUGACUACUACAAGUCGACGGACAAGCAGCGAGAGCAGCGCCCCGAUCCCCUGAUCCGACCCACGGAGGGCGGUCUGCCAGCACUGAUCUCCUGGUACGUGGUCUAUCCGAUCCACUUCCUCUGCAAGAAGACGAUGCCCGACUGCCGGCAGGAGCAGUACCGCAACUGGUAUCCCUUCACCUUCCUGAUCUCGAUGGUGUGGAUCUCGUUCUACUCGUACUUCAUGGUCUGGAUGAUCACCGUGAUUGGGUCCACGCUGGCCAUCCCGGACACAGUGAUGGGUCUGACGUUUGUGGCCGCUGGCGUGUCCGUCCCGGAUGCCCUAAGCUCAAUAGCCGUUAUCAAAGAGGGCUUCGGCGACAUGGCCGUGUCGAACGCGAUUGGCUCGAAUGUCUUUGAUAUACUAGUGUGCUUAGGUCUUCCCUGGUUCAUACAAACGGCCAUCAUAAAGCCCGGCUCCCACGUCAACGUUAUAUCCAAGGGACUGGCCUACUCCACGCUGUCGCUCUUCUCCACCGUGGUCUUCUUGAUCCUGUCGACGCAUUUGAACGGCUGGAAGCUGGACAAGCGACUGGGCAUCAUCCUGAUGGUCUGGUACCUGUUCUUCAUCACGCUGGCGUCGCUCUACGAAUUGAACGUCUUUGGCUACAUGAACCCACCCGAGUGUGCCAGCGAUUACUAAGCACCCCGAUGAUGACCGAAACGCACUUAUGUUUUCACUACCAGCACCAAGUACCAUAUAUACAUAGAUCAGGGAUGCCCAGGCCGGGCAUCUUACGGCUCCUUCGCAGCAACCAGAGAGUACUGAGAGUAUAGGGCAUAGGGCAUCCCUGUUAUAGAUAAAUAACAUAUAGAGUCGUUCAUAGCCGCAGCUAAAAGAUAAACCGAAAUCACUGCAACACCUCGACCGGAGGGAGGAGGAGUUUGGGUACCAUUUACCUAACGUUAAUUAGAGGACAAAUUGAAUACUCAAAGCGCGUUUUACAUGAAUUUUUACAUUGCACCAAGAGACAUAGGAGACGAUAAAACCAAAAAGAUAAAUUAUAUAAAUGUACAUGUAUAUUAUAUUUAUUAAUAUGUAUUUAAAUGAUAUUUAGGCAAUUAACAAACUAUAUAUGUAUGUACAACAAGAGGAGGAGUAUACAUAAAGCAUUAAUAGCAACUGUAGAUAGGGAGACAAAUGUAUGUUAUAAAUAAGAACAACAACAACAACAAUAAAUUAGCGAUUGUUGCUAAUGGUUUUAAGGAACAAGUCAACAACAGAACAACGCAAGAUGUCCCACACACACACACACACCACAAUCGCAACAGUUUGCGAUUAUAAAAUACCUUAUUUAGUCGCAUUUAUGUAUAUACUUUUGUAUCACACCGCUUUCUUAACGAAUCGAUUAAUUAUAGACCUUAGUUGUAUGUACAUUCCUGUAAAAAGCCCCUGUAUGGUUUACCAAGACACCAGGACACUAGCAGCUUCCUGCGGAGACUCCGCCCGGCGGGCCAGAUCGAAUAUCACGUGGCAGACCAGAUGUGGAACCAGAACAACGAAUUUUGUUGAAUUUAAGAUCGGAUAUAUUUUACUUUAGUUCUCUUUAAGAAGGUACAGAAGCAUACUUUGCGUAUGCCUAUUUUUGUUAUAUACUUAUCGUACGAUGGAGCCGAUGAAUUAACGAAACGUCCUAGGUUUUGCAUUGACACAAGGAUAUGGAAAACGAUAGAAAUACGACAGUGAGUGCAAAGAAAUUAUACCUAAUGGCAAUUAAUCGCGUCAAUUUUGUAUUGUAAAUAAUAACCAUAACAUUAUGUUAUGAAACGAAAAGUAAACACUAAAAGUCAAUUUGCAGUGCAAUUUAAUAGUGCAUAAUCGGCACAGUUCCCGAUCUAGUUUCUUGUUACAUUUUGCGGAACACUCCUGAACAAAUGUUUUAUUUACAGGUUUCGAAUAUUUAUCUAGUGAAUUUAUUAAACUACUUACCAUAAUGUUCUCAUUCUGAAUGUUUGCAUAAAAUAGGAGACCCCUCUCUGAGUUUACAAUAAUUGUUUGCUUGAUCUAGCAUAAAAUAUGUAUCCUAAACUACGGGUACUUAAUUAAUCUGUCAGUGUUUGAAGGAAAGAAAAAUCAAAUUAUGCUAUAUAUGUUCGUUUAAUCAAAACUAAAAGUGAAAACCAUUAAGGCUCACGGUAAAAUGGCCAUUCGCAUUAUUUUAAAAUCGAAUCGUCUAGUUAAUGCUUUAAAUUUUAUGUUGUUUGAACAAGUUAAUGCACACACACACGAUCUCGUUAGGCGUUGGGCCAGAUAUUACUACAUUUUGGCCAUCCCAGCAACUCAAUUCGGACCGAUUCCAGCUGACUUUCCUCCAUUUACGGAAGAAUCCAGACGGAUGGGGCACAGAAUCAGUAUCAAAUGUUAGCUGAAAGCAAUGCGUAAGACAAAUAUAUACACCUAAUAUUUACAUACAUUACAUAUAGCCCACAGAUGCAAAUCAUACUUAUGUAGUGAGCCAUGCACUGCUAUAUGGACGCGCUCAAAUCAUAGUCAAAUACUAACAUACACAUAUUACACGAUGAUCAGGAUCAAGGAUAGCGCUUGAGCGUGUUGAAGGAGCCGAAUCGAAAUGAAACCCAUGUAACUGACUUCUAUAAUUUACCCAGCCAACUUCCUGAAACGAGUUAAUCGCAUACCUAACAUAGACAUGAAAAACGGAAACCAACGUUACACAAUAAAUCGAACGAACAAUCGCCUCUUAAAGAUCCCCACUUAGAGAACCCAUAUAGCUUAUACUUGAACAUUACCCAAACACAGAGGUAUAUACUACGAGGUUCUUCCCUACUCUACAAAUAGUCGAUCCAGAAGGUUUUCGCAGAAAUGAAUAAACUGUCUGUCAAUGUACAAUGCACAUACUUCCGCAGGACAUGCGAAACCGAAUCUCGCGGAUCGCACGAUACUCCAUUACUGUACAAUAAAUAAACAAAACUAUAGUCGAGGACGCUAGCUGUUUUAAUUAAAAACUUCAAUUAGCGUUUCAAUUACUCAAGAGAGAUUAGUCGUUUAAUAAGCCGUUGAACCGUUACGAUCGAUACGUGUACAUGGAAGUCAGCGUUUGAUUGAAAUUAUUUUGAAUGUACACCCUCGAGAGAUUUAAAUCCAGUAUAUUUCGUGUUACUUUUAACUGUAUCUAAUGCAAAAUUGCAAUCUAUAAGAGAAAUAUAUACGAGUAUGUGUAGGUACUUUAUUUAUUGACGAGGAUCUUCUUUACCUAAGCAUAGAGGGGCAAGGAGGACACAAAAGCAAAACCAAACGAAACGAAACACUUAUAUAUGAAGGAACGACUUUCCCUAAACAACAUAUGCAAUGUACAAUAAUUGUUACAUUUACUUACAUACUAUCUAAAACAUGCUAUACAAUAAACGAUACAAUAUAUGUUUACAUCUGACAUUUGUGUUAAUUACGACUAUAAUUGUUUGCAAAAACUAUAUUAAAACCUAUCAAAUUAAAUCAAAAUGUUGCGGAGUGUGUUUCAAAUUUAAAUUCGGAGCGACAACCGGCAACAUAUUGGUGGGAUCGAAACUAAAAACAUCAAGCUACAAACGAAACUAAUGCCAAUACACGAAACUGUUGAUGUUAUAUUUAGUCAAAUAAUGAAUUCCGAAAAUGAAUA